AUGGGUAUUGGAAGUCCUUAUGAUAUUCGUAAUCAGGUUAUGGAUGAUUUAAUCAAGGCGUAUAGCUCAACAUUUGCUUCUGGUAUUAAGAGGUUUACCAUGAGACCGCUUGAAUUACAAACCGAAAAUCAAGGUCCAUUCAUAGUAAAUGAGGAACAAAGAAGAACUAGGUUAAUUUCACUUGAUCCAGGUGUUAGGACUUUUAUGACUUGUUACUCACCAGAUGGUUAUACUGCAUCAUGA